GCGAACCUUGGAUAGUUGGCUAGCUAACCUUAGGUUACGUCCUAGCUAGUUAACAAACGAUGAUAAAAGUUUAAACAGUGAAAAGAUAGGGGGGGAAAGGAUAUAAGAAUGACCCAAACUAACGUGGACCGGUUAUUGGACAACCUAAUAGAAGAUGAUGCUGAGAGAGAGAGUCUUCUUGCCAAACCCACCUGCUUCAUUAUAGUUGGAAGACCGGGUGUUGGAAAAUCCACCUUGGCAACAAACAUUGCAGAGUCCUGGAAGUGUAUCUUAAUUGAUGAUACAGAUCUGCUCAACACACACAUUAAAAAUAAAACAAAGCAAGGUGUAGAGAUCUUGAAUAUCUUAUCUGAGGGAAGAAUCAUACCAGAAGAAAUGGUGCUCCAGCUGAUUCUUGACAGGCUUAACUCACACCAAGUGGAGCACUACGGGUAUGUACUGAGCUGCCUACCAUUCCUGUCAGAAGAGUGUCUGAAGAUUCAUGAGCAGCUUGAGCUGAUCAAAAACUUCAAACUAACACCUGAUUUCAUCAUCAACAUCAAGUGUGCAGACAACGACCUGGUCCACCGGCUGUCAGGUCUGAAGCAGCACCCAGAGACAGGGCAGCUGUACAACAGGGAUCAAUGGAAGCGUGAGGAGGUGUUUAACAUCAAGAAGGAGAACAAGGACCAGGAAGUGGAGGAUGAGGAUGAGGAGGAGCAGGCUGGGGGAGAAGAACUCCAAAAAGAUAUUAUUGACCAGAUGGUGUGGACACCAGAAAACUUGGCCAGAAAUGCUUUUCCUAGACUCACCAUGUACAAGAAUACCAUGCUCAGACCACUGGAGGACUACAUGACAGAACACAACCCCCUCUACCUGUUGGAGUUGGAUGGAAACAACACACCUGAAGAGCUGCACUUGUCUGUAAUGUCCCGUCUUGGAUCCAUGGCAAUAAAGCGUGUCUCCAUUCCAGUCCUCCUCCACCAGACUGAUGAUGAAGAAUUGCCAGAAGACAUUGACACGGAGGACCUAAUGAGAGUCAUGUCCUCCUCCAGGACAGUGGCUCCCGGCUUUAAAUGGAGAAGGAGCCGCUGGGGCCGAACUUGUCCUGUUGCUCUGAGGGAGGGCAAAGUCAUUCCUGGCAAACCUGAAUUAUGUGUGGGCUUCCAGGACAAAAUGUACAUCCUCUCAUCUCAGGAGGCCUGCCAGAAGUUUUUCACAAACCCCCGAUGGUACUUACUUCCUCCGAUGCCCAGGCCCCCUUGCAGAGUUUCCAUCAUUGGACCUCCACAGGCAGGGAAGAGCACUCUAUGUAAGCUUCUAGCUCAGCACUACAAGGCAUUGGUGCUUGAUAUGGAGGUACUGGUGCAGCCAGUUCUGGACAAGGUUGAGCAGGAGAGGCUUGACAAAAUCAAAGAGGAGACAACACAGGUCGCUAUAGAGAAAAUCAAGAUGAAGAUGGAGAAGGAUGUCGGACAGAAUUCAGUGACAGAGGAUCAUCCAGAGGUACAAACCAUGGUGCUCACUGCGCUGGAAGAAGCCAAACAUCAAAGCACAUCUCCCUUCAGCCUGUAUGCUGAGGUACUGGAGAAGCGUGUAAAAGAGAUUGAAGAGGCUGACACUGGUGCAGAUGUCAGAACUGGCUGGGUGCUUGACAACUUUCCCAAGAACUUUUCCCAAAUGAAAGUCUUACAGCAAGCUGGAAUCCUGCCAGACACCCUCUUCUGUCUCCAAGACAGUGAUAGCAAUCAAGUUUUGAAGAGAUUGUAUGAGAAGAACAAGGAGAGCGUGGACAAAGCAGUGAGCAAGAGGUUGCAGGACGAACAAUCUAAGAAGGAGAAACUGGUCUUAGAACAGAAGGAGCCAGAAUCGGAGGUAGAGGCCAAGCCUGCUGAGCUGCAAACAAAUCUAGAGACAGUUGCUGAAGAGACCGAAGCUGUGGUACUACCUGAUCAUUGGGACUUGGGUUAUCCAGACGGCCCGGAGAUGAAUGACUAUAAACUGCAACUGCAACAGUUUGUGUACGAAUGGGACCAAAUGCAGUCCGCUUUAACUGUCCCACACUCAGUACUGAAGAUUGGGGACAAAAGCCCUGAAGACCUGCUUAAACAGAUGGUCCUUCUCAAGGAGAAACCCUUUCAGUAUGUGUCCUGGGAACUGUCAGCAACAGACCUGGACAAGGAGGCGGCAGAUAUGGAGGCCUUAGCUGAGCUGGAGAGAGCCGAGGAAAGCAGCAGUGACAAUGAUGCAGUUGAGGAGGAAGAACAGGGGGUCGUAACAACCAAGAGAGUAUUAGGCGAUACCCAUCAUUUCUGCCCUGUGGCCUUAAAAAACAACAAUGUCCUGUGGCCCUGUACGGGUGAAAUUGCAGCCAAGUACCGUGAGAAAAACUACUAUUUCUCGAGCCAAGCAGCCAGGGACUCUUUCCUUCAAAACCCUGCACAUUUUGUUGCACAGACUGGGCCUCUCAAGCCUCCUGCCCUGCGGAUCUUUUUGCUUGGCACCCGAGGGUCAGCCAAGACCACUCAGGGUGAGUGGCUCGCCCAGCAGCUUGGCAUUUUCCAUAUUCAGUUCAGGGAGCAACUCCAAAUGCUCAUCAUGGCCAAGACAAAGGAGCAGGUACCUUAUUCUGAUGAGUUGGAGUCUCCAGAGGAGUCUGCUGAGGACUUGGAGGCUCUGAUAGAGGAAGCCAGGGGGGAGGACAAGGAGGAGAUGGGGGAGAACUCCGACAACACGAAUGACAUGGAGCAGGAAGUGGUCCUGACUGAUGAGGAAACGGCUAUCAAAGCAUACCUGUCUGAUGGAGAUCCACUUACCCCAGAGAUCCUGGAUAUGCUUAUCGCACCAUACUGGAAUCAGGAACCAUACAUGUCUACAGGUUUUAUUUUGGAGGGCUUCCCUCAAAAUCCCGAUGAAGUGCAGUACAUUUUGCAGCAACAGCUUUUCCCUGAUGUUGUGGUAAAUUUGGUGGUGGAUGUCACAGAUGUUCAGAAGCGUCUGUUGCCGACAUACCUGGAGAAGUGGCGUGAGUGCCACAACCGCCGUGAAGCACAGCUAAACCUCCUUUAUGAUUUACGUAAGCGGAACCGGGAGAACAGCAUUGCUGAGAGAAGGGCUGAACUCACGAAGGCAGCCAAAAACAAACUCAGAUAUUCUGAGGAUGAAGAAGAUGAUGAAGAGGAUGAAACUGCAGGCAACAUGGAGGAAGAGAUAGAGGCCAUGCUGGAGGAAGAGUUUCCUUUAGAAGAGGAUAACAAAGACAUGGAGAAUAAAGAGAAUGAGGAGGCGGCGUCUGAGAGGCUGGAGAUGGAGAUAGCAGAGCGUUAUGUGAAGGAUGAAAACAGCCUUAUUACUGUUAUGGAGCUCCUGAGUGAACUAAACAUACCCAAAGUGUCAAUCAGUGCAUCUCGUAAGCUCCGGAUCGCUCAGCAGAAGCUGCUCCAGAAAAUCCAGCCCCUGGUGACCAACAGGGAGUCACUCUUCCAAAAAUGCCAACCCAUCUCAUACAGCCUGGCACAUAAGCUGCUGCUCUCCUCUUAUAAGUUCCACAGCGCCUUUGGCUGCUGGGACCCCAUAAAGCACUACAAAGAGAGAGAUGUGAUCCAGCCUCUGCAGUGGCCCCUCAAUACCACAUAUCCCCUAAUCUUCCAUCAGUUUAUCUACUUUUUUGCAACUAAGGAGAACCGUAACACAUUUAUGCUGAACCCCUUGAAGUACCUUAGGCAGCCAAAGCCCACCCCGUCCCUUCCUGUUAAAAUAGCUGUUGUUGGACCACCCAAAUCUGGAAAAACCACUGUGGCACAGAUGUUUGCUCAGAAAUAUGGCUUGGCCUGUCUGUCCAUUGGCGGCGCUAUGCGUACGGUGCUUAACAAUCAUGAGCACACUGAUCUGGCUGUCCAGAUGAAAAAGCAUCUCUCCCAGGGACUCGUUGUACCUGAUGAACUGGCCAUUCAGUGUCUGGAGGUGGCGCUCAUGAGCUCGAUCUGCGGCACUCGAGGGUACGUGUUGGAUGGCUUUCCGAAGACACUUAAGCAGACAGAGCUGAUGGGGUCUCGGAGCAUCAUCCCCAUGAUAGUAGUAGAGCUGGAGCUGGCCACAGUGGAGGUGCUGACCAGAGGUCUCCUGGACAAGAUGAAGCCCAACAAGCCUCACCUGAUGCACAGCAGCUCAGAGAUCCUCCACAUUCGUAACUCCUGUUACAAGCAGGAGAUGGAGCAUGUGAGGCAACACUUCCAACAACAAUAUCAGAACUGGAUCCUGCUCGAUGGCUUGAAAAGCAAAUGGUGGAUCUGGAACCGCAGUAUAAAGGAGGUCAGCAUCAGCAUGAAAUAUAUCCACAACUACCUGGAGAGGACACGCAACAGACAAGCAGCAUGCAUCAACAGAAUGUGUAUCACACCCAAGGAGCUGCAGUAUCGGCUUGGAGAGUUUGGACAGUACUGCCCUGUCUGCCUGGCUCUACAUCGCCACCUGGUGGACUGCUCAGAAAGUGCAGCCUUAACUCAUGCAGCCGAGUACAGGGGACACUAUUACAAGAUGUGUGGCGAAGACCAUUUAGAGCGGUUCCUGACUACUCCCGAUCAGUUUGUGACUCCUGGCUGCCCACACACUCUCCCACAACCCCAGCUGCUGCCCAGAAAGCUCACUGAGAUCCAGGUGAAGAACAACUUCCCACAGCAAGUUGAGAUGAAGGGCUUCUGCCCGGUCACUUAUCUGGAUGGAAAGCAAAGGUAUGAAGCCCUGGUUCGAGGAAAGAUGGAAUAUGCAGUGGAAUACAGAAAACGGAUCUACAUUGUUGAGACAAAGCAGAAACAGGACAAGUUUUUGAGGAUUCCUGAAACCUACUGGAACCAGAGGCUGCCCAGUAAAGUUCCUCCUCUUUGUGAACCUGUACCCCUCACCUCCCUUCCAACGUUGGGCUACCUGGAGCAGGGUGUGGCAGUAUCAGUCAUCAAGGCCAUGACAGCAGUUGGGUGUCUCAAACCAAAGUAUCCCUUCCUCAGUAUACAGAGAUCUUCACUCCUCUAUGUGGCAUUCUACCUGAAAGCUUUCAACCACAAGAGCACAGACUACAUCCGCCAGAAGUAUAAAAAGAAGCUGGCCUUGUUUGAAGAGAACUGUGCGCUCAUUCCCUACCUGAGCUUAACAAUGUCAGGGAACUACAGGCCUCCCUGUGAACGUCCCAUUGACUUUGAGUUCAAACUCAAAAGGUUCCUGGCCUUGGGAGACUUGCCAAGUGCCAACAGUGUGCUGUAGCUGUUUUUAAAGCUUGACCACUGCUUGCUAUUUCAUGUUGUGUGAAGAAAUGUGAGACAACAAAAUUUGAAAGCAACCUGCUUUAAGAGUUUAUUUUAUCAAGAGCAUGUAAUAAAGCAUUCUUCACUGUCA